ACAGUGAAAAAAGUUGUGUACACAUCUUCUUCAGCUGCAGCAAUGAUGGUAAGUAAUCUCAAAGUUGUAAAAGAAAUUGACGAGACAAUGUGGUCAGAAGUUAACCAUUUCAUUGGCAAACCCGAACAAGUCAUUCCUGCUGGUCUCGCAUAUGUGGUUUCAAAGACACUGACAGAAAGAGCUGCCAUGAAAUUUUCUGACGAACAUGGAUUGGAUCUUGUUACUAUACUUCCAUCUAUGAUUGUUGGACCAUUUAUCAUUCCCAACCUUCCUGAGAGUGUUUCUCUGGCCCUUUCUGUAAUUUUGGAUGAUAGGACGAAGAUGAUCCAUCUGAAACCUACAAAUGCAGUACAUAUAGAUGAUGUUGCUUCAGCACAGAUAUUUCUUUUUGAGUGCCAAAAUGCAAAAGGAAGACAUAUUUGUUCUUCUGUUGAUUUUAGAAUACAUGAUGUGGCUAGAUUUAUAGCUGAGAAGUAUCCGGAAUUUCAAUUACCAACUGAUUUACUAAAGGAAAUUGAAGAAGAAAAACCAGUUCAUCUUUCCUCAGAUAAGCUGUUGAGUAUGGGAUUUCAGUUCAAAUAUAAUUUCGAGGAGAUGUUUGGUGAUGCAAUUCAAAGCUGCAAAGAGAAGGGUUUCCUUUAG